AUGAGUCUGGUGCUGAGAAAAUGCCUUCUCUUUAUGGCUGUGAUGAGUUCUUUUCUGGCUGUGGGGGCCACAGAAGGACCCAGAAACCAGGACUGGCUUGGUGUCCCAAGGCAGCUUACAACUAAAGCCUGGAACAGGCAGCUGUAUCCAGAGUGGGCAGAAAUACAGAGGCCUGACUGCUGGAGAGGUGGCCAAGUGUCCUUGAAGGUCAGUAAUGAUGGGCCUACACUGGUUGGGGCAAAUGCAUCCUUCUCUAUUGUGCUGCACUUCCCCGAAAGCCAAAAGGUGCUACCAGAUGGGCAGGUCGUCUGGGCCAACAACACCAUCAUCAAUGGGAGCCAGGUGUGGAGAGGACAGCCAGUGUAUCCCCAGGUACCUGACGAUGCCUGCAUCUUCCCUGAUGGGAGGGCCUGCCCAUCUGGCCCUUGGUCUCAGACAAGAAGCUUUGUUUAUGUCUGGAAGACCUGGGGCCAAUACUGGCAAGUUCUGGGGGGCCCAGUGUCAGGACUGAGCAUUGUGACAGGCAAGGCAAUGCUGGGCACACAUACCAUGGAAGUGACUGUCUACCACCGCAGGGAGUCCCAGAGCUACGUGCCCCUUGCUCACUCCUGCUCAGCCUUCACCAUUACGGACCAGGUGCCCUUCUCCGUGAGUGUGUCCCAGCUGCAGGCCUUGGAUGGAGGGAACAAGCACUUCCUGAGAAAUCAUCCUUUGACCUUUGCCCUCCAGCUCCAUGACCCCAGUGGUUAUUUGUCCGGGGCCGACCUCUCCUACACCUGGGACUUUGGAGACCAUACUGGGACCCUGAUCUCUCGGGCCCUUGUGGUCACUCACACUUACCUAGAGUCCGGCCCAAUCACUGCCCAGGUGGUGCUGCAGGCUGCCAUUCCUCUCACAUCCUGUGGCUCCUCCCCAGUUCCAGUCACCACAGAUGGGCACAUGCCAACCGCAGAGGCCCCUGGCACCACAGCUGGGCACGUGCCUACUGCAGAAGUCAGAAGUACUACACGUAGUCAGGUGCCAACUUCGGAGCCUUCCAGAACCACAGCUGUGCAGAUGCCGACCACGGAGGUCACUACACUCGUACAGGUGUCAAGCACAGAGGGCACAGCUGCACAGGUAACAACGAAAGAGUCGGUGGAGCCCACAGCUGGAGAGAUGCCCACACCUGAGCCUGAGGGUCCAGAUGCCAACCCCUUCGUGUCUACGGAAGGUAUUACAGGUUCCCAGAGUCCCCUGCUGGAUGAUGCAGCUACCUUAAUCCUGGCAAAGCGACAGACCCCCCUGGAUUGUGUUCUAUAUCGAUACGGCUCCUUUUCGCUCACCCUGGACAUUGUCCGGGGUAUUGAGAGAGCUGAGAUCCUGCAGGCUGUGCCAUCCAGCGAAGGGGAUGCAUUUGAGCUGACAGUUUCUUGCCAAGGAGGGCUGCCCAAGGAAGCUUGCAUGGACAUCUCCUCACCAGGCUGCCGGCCCCCUGCCCAGCGGCUCUGUCAGCCUGUGCCACCCAGCCCCGCCUGCCAGCUGGUUUUACACCAAGUCCUGAAGGGUGGCUCAGGGACCUACUGCCUCAAUGUGUCUUUGGCCGAUGCCAACAGUCUGGCAAUGGUCAGCACCCAGCUUGUAAUGCCUGGUCAAGAAGCAGGACUUGGACAGGCUCCCCUGUUUGUGGGCAUCUUGCUGGUGUUGAUGGCUACGGUGCUUGUAUCUCUGAUAUAUAGGCAAAGACUUCUGAAGCAGGGCUCAGCUCUCCCGGUUCCCCAGCUGCCACAUGGUAGCACUCAUUGGCUGCGGCUGCCCCGGGUCUUCCGCUCUUGCCCCAUUGGUGAGAACAGGCCCCUCCUCAGUGGGCAGCAGCAGGUCUGAGUAGUCUCACGUGAUGCUGUGAUUUGCUGAGGGUGGACAGCCAUGCCUAUCUUUUCUCCAGUCUUCCCCUGGAGACUACCAUUACCUGAAAUAAAUACUCAGAACCUGAUGCUGGUUUUUUUCUUGCUUCUGG